AAACAGGAAGGAAGUGGUGAGGAUGCUCCACAGCUCUUUGCUCCGUCGCCUUUAUCACUCAGUUCUGCUCUGCGUUUGGUUCACCAGCAGCUGUUUUACACCCAGAAUGCUCCUCCAGGAAUGGCCCACCUGGGAAAUGCAGUUUCGGUGAAGCAGAUCAAAGGUCACCUGCUGCGCUUUUCCAUUCACCACUGAGGGGAAGAAGGAAGUCGUUUCAGGAGGAAGAACUGCCGAACUUCCUCUGUUCAGGUUCUCUCAGCCAAAAAGAUGUCAGACAACACUUCCAUGAGUGAAAGAGAAGGAACCACGCGGCCCAGAGAGGCAGCCACACUCCGAAAGCCCAAUGCAGCAGCCCUGAAAGGAGCCAUCCAGCUGGGCAUUGGUUACGCCGUGGGAAACAUGAGCUCAAAACCAGACCGAGAUGUUCUCAUGCAAGACUUCUCUGUGGUGGAGACUGUCUUCCUGCCCAGCCAGGGUAGUACCCUGACCCCAGCACAUCACUUCCCAGACUUCCGUCUGAAAACUUACGCCCCGUUGGCUUUUCGCUACUUCAGGGAGCUGUUUGGCAUCAAACCAGACGAUUACCUGUACUCUAUGUGCAAUGAACCGCUGAUAGAGCUGUCCAACCCCGGCGCCAGCAGUUCCUGGUUCUACCUCACCAGCGAUGACGAAUUCAUCAUCAAGACGGUGCAGCACAAAGAGGCGGAGUUUCUGCAGAAGCUGCUUCCUGGCUACUACAUGAAUCUAAACCAGAACCCAAGAACCCUGCUGCCCAAGUUCUAUGGACUUUACUGCAUCCAGUGUGGCAGUGUGACCGUUCGCGUGGUGGUCAUGAACAACGUGCUGCCACGGGCCAUGACGAUGCACUACAAGUACGACCUGAAGGGUUCUUUGUACAAAAGACGAGCUUCACGCAAAGAACGUACCAAGUCUUCACCCACAUUCAAAGACCUGGACUUCAAAGAGACGCACGAGGGGCUGUACUUCGAUCCAGAAACCCACAAUGCGCUGAUGAAGACCCUUCAGAGAGACUGCCGGGUUCUGGAGAGCUUCAAGAUCAUGGAUUACAGUCUCCUGCUGGGCAUUCAUGUUCUGGAUAAGAAGCCACUGACCAGAGCAGGCAGGGGUGACAGCAAGAAAGGUCAGAAGGUCCUGUACUCCACGGCGCUGGAGUCCAUCCAGGGCUCAGUGAAGGAUCCGGAACCGGUGGCUGAUGACGACACAUUUGGGGGAAUUCCAGCCAAACACAGAGAUGAGAACCUGCUCAUCUUUUUAGGAAUCAUCGACAUCCUUCAGUCCUACAGGUUCAUCAAGAAGGUGGAGCAUUCCUGGAAGGCUCUUGUCCACGAUGGAGAUACAGUUUCCGUCCACAGACCCAGUUUUUACGCUGACAGAUUCCUGAAAUUCCUGAGCACCACUGUUUUCAAAAAGGCUCACUCUCUGAGAGGAACAUCCUCUAAGAGGAAGAAGAACUCGCUCUACACGACUAAGUACGCCUCCCAGGAGUUUCUGUCCUCACAGAAGGAGAAGGAGGAGAACAUGAAGGCGCUGAGCAUGAACAACCUAGAUGAAAGCUCAGUUGGCAGUUCCUCCAAACAACCAGACCUUCUUCCUGUCAAUCGAGAUUUUUCAAGAAAUGAAGACGAGCUGUCUGAAAACAGUGGUGACAGACGGGACUCCGCCUCCACCAUCGCUCUGGACGACGCUCUGCCCUCCCAUCAGUCAGACACGGAGCUGGACGUCUACCUGACUGACACAGACUCACCCACAGCCCCCGGCUGGACUUGAUCACUCUUUGUGUCCCAGCAUCCACAAAUUGAGGAUCCCUCUGAACAUGUGAACCCCCACCUCCAAAAAGCAGAAGACAUUAAGGUUAAAAACUACAAGCAACAGCAGACGGGCUCUGGUCUGCCGGCUCCAGUCUGCAUCUCUUUACCUUCCUGUCUGAGUCCUUUUCAUCAUGCCAAAUCAUCGGAGACCCAAGGAAUGAAUGAAGAAAUGAUCCCACGAAGUUCUGGAGGUUUUAUUUAUUGUCUCGAUUCAGAUCUAUGAAACACUGCUGAAAUGAAAACACUAUGAAGCUUGUCCGUCCUUUUAUGUUUGUUGCUUGCAAAUAUUUCCUUAAAUAGCAUGCAUAUUAUCCAAUCUGUUCAUUUUUUUCUGAUUCCUUUCUUUGUUUGUAGAAAAAAAAAUUUCCGGCGGCUGGAUCCCUGAAAACACAAGUUUUUAUCAAACAGUCAAUAAAAAUAGUAUUUCUGGGAUAUUAUACUUUGUUUUUGCAAUUAGAAUUCAUACUUAGCUGUUGAAAAUAUCUAUAGAAAGAGUGAUAGCAGAUAGUGUAAUUUAUGUUAAACUGUGCCAUUUUCUGCAACAUUAAAGAAUUUACUUAUUUUGUGAAAGGGUGCUCUCAAACAUCAACCUUAGCCUUAACUGCACUUCCAUUGCUUGCAACUUCGACAUGUUGGCAUUCCAAACAUAGAUCAACAAAAAUAACGUGCUAAAUAUUGUCACGUGUGUUGUUGCUACAGCAUAUUUCCAUUACACUGUUGUGUUUUUGAGACUUUCAGAUCCUAGCAUGGGAACAAACUUAAAAAAUAGUUAGCAUGCUAGCAGAGAGCUAAUGUGACUAAUUCAUCAAAUAUUUGUGGUCCUGUUAUCACGUGUGACCGUCUUUAUUCACUGUUCUGUUAUUUAAACAUCAAUUUCCCAUUUUCUGGGAGCUGAUUUUAGCCUCUGUCUGCCUUAAUUUCCUCAAUAUGUUACUGUGCCACUUCACCAGGAAAACUGUCCUCUAUGCUAGUUUAAAAACUGAAUGUGUGAUGACAUUGCCUUGUUUGCCUGUAGUUCUAAAGUAGCUUAUCAAAUAAAAUGAUGAGAUGA